UCAGUAUGACUAUUAACAGACUUACGAUCGUGUUUUGUCUUUCGGCAUUUACGUACGCCGACUUCCCGUUCCGGAACUCGUCCCUGUCGUGGGAGGACAGGGUGGAGGACCUGGUGGGUCGCCUCACUCUUGAGGAAAUCAUGACGCAAAUGACCCGGGGAGGGGUCAGCCCCAUCAACGGCCCCACUCCGCCGAUCCGUAGGUUGGGGAUCAAGCCUUACUCCUGGGACACGGAGUGCCUGCGCGGGGAUGUUAAGGCUGGCAAUGCCACCUCGUUUCCUGAACCCAUUGGCCUGGCUGCUUCCUUUGAUCCAACGCUGAUUUUCCGUGUGGCUGAGGCCACCAGCAUAGAGGUGCGAGCCAAGUACAACAACUUCAGUCAGCACGCCAUGUACGGCACUCACAGGGGCAUCAGCUGCCUCAGCCCCGUCAUCAACAUCCUGAGGGACCCCAGGUGGGGCAGGAACCCGGAGACGUAUGGCGAAUGCCCUUAUCUCACCGGUGUCUACGCAACUCAGUUUGUUCACGGUCUCCAAGGCAACCACGAACGCUUCAUCCGGGCUAACGCAGGGUGUAAACAUUUUGAUGCCUAUGGUGGACCUGAAAAUAUUCCCAUUGAUCGACAUGUAUUCAAUGCCAAGGUGAGUUACGUUUAAUGGUUCUCCAUGUGUCACCCUACGUAUCGUGAAAUGACAGGGUUCUCCAUGUGUCACCUUUCAUGUCGUUGCAGCAUCAACGGUAUACCGUCGUGUGCAAACAAACGCCUCCUGUCGGAUGUACUGCGGAAGGAGUGGGGGUUUACUGGCUACGUGAUCAGUGAUCAGGGGGCGACAGAGCAGGUGAUGACAGCUCACAACUUCACCAAUAGCAGCGUAGACACGGCGGCAACCUGCAUUGAGGCCGGUCUCAAUCUGGAGAUAUCUGGCCGUAGUGAAGAACAUCCAGUAUUGAUGUCCAUGAUCGAAGCAGUCCAACAAGGCAAACUGAGUGAAGACUUGGUCAGAGAGCGGGUAAAACCUCUCUUCUACACCAGAAUGAGGCUUGGAGAGUUUGACCCACCGGAAAUUAACCCUUAUGCACAACUGAACCUGUCGGUAAUAGAGUCACGUGACCACAGAGCCCUUGCCAUUGAGGCAGCCAUGAAGUCUUUUGUCCUGUUAAAGAACGAAGACAGUUUCCUGCCACUGAAGAAGAAGUACAACACACUAGCGGCUGUUGGUCCGCUGGUGUUCCAAGGCAAAGCUACAAUGGGAGGGUACGCCCCGGACACAGACCCCAGUUGGAUGUCAUUGACUGUCACGGGCUUGGCUGACCUGGCCACCCACAUCCGGGCUGUAGAGGGAUGCAGCUCCACCCCCUGCCUCAACUACAACAGUAGCGGCGUGGCCUGGGCAGUCACCGGGGCCGACAUCGUCUUCGUCACGCUGGGAUUGGGUAGCGACCUGGAAUCUGAAGGCAACGACAGACCAAAUCUUCAACUACCUGAAUACCAGUUCGAGCUCCUCGGCGAUGCAGUGUACAAAAGUGGUGAUGCUCCUGUUGUCGUCCUUCUGUUCAACGCCGGACCCCUGAACAUGACGUGGGCGAUGGACCAAAGCCGAAUCAAGGCUAUCAUGGAGGUAUUCUAUCCUGCCCAGGCCACGGGGGGAGGCGCUGAGAAGAGUGUUGAGCAACUCCGGCCCAGGCGCGGUACCCGCAGGGAGAUUACCAAAUACCUGGCCAUUUAUUGUUCAAAACUUUACUCGAUGGAAGUUCCCCGCCAUGACGGACUACUCCAUGCAUGGCCGCACCUACCGCUACACCAACACCAACAUACUCUUUCCCUUCGGUUACGGGCUGUCUUACUCAAGGUUCCGGUACGCAGACAUGGAGGUCAAGGACACAGUUCAGGCAGGUCAAGAUGGCUGGGUCAAGGUCAUGGUCGAGAAUCUCGGACCGUAUGAUGCUGAUGAGGUAGUCCAAGUGUAUAUUGCGUGGAAAACAUCAUCAGUGCCCACCCCCAGACUGCAGCUGACGGCAUUUGACCGAGUAAGCUUGGCCUCUGGAACUACCAUGCACG